CAUUGGCUGUCGGGAGCUUGCGCGUCGGAGUCGUACUUGCGGAUUAUUCGGUACAUGUCGCUCGAGCCGCCGCCACACUUGUCGCCAUUUUGUUUAUUUUCGCGUGAAACCGUGAGAUCCGCGAGCGAUCGCGACGUACGGGAUCGGCCGUUCGCGCGUACUCGUUCGUGGCGUUCGAGCAAGAAUCCAGUCGCGGCUGGACACAGUGAGACAGGGAGACGACAAGCGUGCUGAGGGGGAGUAGCAACUGCGAGAGCUGCGGGAGAGCCAACACAGUGCCCCACACAGGUAGGCUCUUGUUUGCAUACGGUAGCGCGCAGCCGGAAGUUGCGGAUAAGUCGAUCGAGAGUCGGAGUGAGCGUUCGAGAUCCGGCGGCGGGCAGUCACGGAGAGGGAGUCGAGCGGACGGGCUAGCGAGUAAAUCGAGUAGUCGCGAAUCGCAGUUGACUGUUAAUUAAUCUCGUCGUCGUCGUCGUCGAGGUGAACGUCGCGUCGCCGCUGUGCGCCGAAUAAGCGCGCAGCGAGUACCGUUUUUCCGCGGAUCUGCCGCGGCGCUGCGGAAGGGACAGGAGGAGGAGGAGAAGGUCGGUGCGCGAGACGCCGGAACGAGAAGCGAGACGAUAGCCGCUACCAACGCCACCACCACCACCGUCAGCAGCACCACCACCACUACCACCUUCAUCAUUUUCAUCAUCACAGACGUCGUCGUCGCCGUCGUCGUCGUCGCUACCGCCACCGUCGCGAAGGUAGCCGCGAUCUCGCCGUGGCGACAUCCGGAAGAGAAACGUAGGUGUACGUGCGAGUACGCCGCUACUCGACGAAUCUAGCAGCGAGAGAGGUAACACGAGGGUGGAAUAUAUGCUGUGGGCGUCCCCCGUGCGAGUGGGGGCACUUGAUGGCCGCAGAAAUUGGGCGAACUGCGAGCAAACAUCAAUCGUCGGAGUGCGGUAAAGCGACGUCGCUGUCGAGUCUCGGUGGCGACGUGGGCUUGGAGAACCGGGUGGUCGUGGCAACCGAAUUGGAGGAGCAGUCGCGGCAGCAACAGUCGCAGUAUCAGCAACGGCAGUCGCCACCGCCGCCACCGUCGCCGCAACAGCAGCAGCAGCAACAUCCGCACGAGCGAACGUCGUCGACCACGGUACAGCUGAGGAAGACGCUCGUUAAAACAACAACAACGACGUCAACGACUCCCCCCUGCCGCAAUCGCAAGCCGUUCGCGACCGCGCCGACGUCGGGCAUCAACCAGCAAACUCCUACCGCAGACGUAACCUCGACGGCGGAGGCCGUCAUCGAGGUACCCGGCGCCAUCAAGACGACCAUCAACAUCGGUUUCGCGAUGAAUCACGUCAACGACCAGGAGAACCUGAAGCAGCUGAGCCUCGCGCCUGUUCAGGUUAACGAGGUCGAGGAGAUGGACACUCAAGAGGAAACCCCAAAUGAUGGUGGGGGAGACGGAACUGACAAUCGUCCUAUGAAUGGUGAACCUGAGUUAGCUUGUAUAGUCCAAGAUCAAGAAAUGGAGGAAGAUGAGGCCAGAUCAGAAGCAACCUUCCGGUACACUGUGGAAAAUAUAUCCAAAAUGAAGGAUUCUCAAUUGUCACCCGCAUGUUAUGUCCGUAAUUUGCCAUGGAAGAUUAUGGUGAUGCCACGUUCAAGUCAAACGCAAGAGAGGCAACCUCAGAGGUCACUUGGCUUUUUCCUACAGUGUAACGGAGAAAGUGAAUCUACUUCUUGGAGCUGUUACGCUGUAGCUGAACUGCGCCUCCUCUCUUGCAAAGAAGGACAAGAACUAUUUAGCAGAAAAAUUCAGCAUCUCUUCUAUAGCAAAGAAAACGACUGGGGCUUCAGUCACUUCAUGACAUGGCAGGAUGUUCUGGAUCCUGAUAGAGGUUUCAUAAAAGAUGAUUCAAUCACGCUCGAGGUUCAUGUGGUGGCUGAUGCACCUCAUGGAGUUAGCUGGGACAGUAAAAAACAUACGGGUUAUGUAGGGUUGAAGAAUCAAGGUGCUACGUGCUACAUGAAUUCUUUACUUCAAACUCUAUACUUCACCAAUCAGUUACGAAAAGCAGUGUACAAGAUGCCAACGGAGAGUGACGAUUCUAGUAAGAGCGUUGCGCUGGCCUUGCAGAGGGUCUUUCACGAAUUACAGUUUUCUGACAAGCCUGUCGGCACGAAGAAGUUAACCAAGAGCUUCGGUUGGGAGACGUUGGAUUCUUUCAUGCAACACGACGUGCAGGAAUUUUUACGUGUGCUGUUAGAUAAAUUGGAGAGCAAGAUGAAGGGAACGUGUGUGGAGGGUACAGUGCCAAAAUUGUUCGAGGGAAAAAUGGUCUCAUUUAUCAAGUGUAAAAAUAUAGACUACAAAUCCACGAGAGUUGAAACAUUUUACGACAUACAGUUGAAUAUAAAGGGCAAAAAGAGUAUUUACGAGUCUUUUAGCGACUACGUAAGCACAGAAAGUCUCGACGGUGAUAACAAGUAUGACGCGGGAGAGCACGGUUUGCAAGAAGCGGAGAAAGGCGUUAUCUUUUCAUCAUUUCCACCGGUUUUGCACUUACAUCUCAUGCGGUUUCAAUACGACCCGGUAACGGAUUGUUCGGUCAAAUUUAACGACAGGUUUGAGUUUUAUGAAAAAAUUAGCCUCGGCAAGUAUUUGCAAAAUAAAGAGCCGACGAGCGCGGAUUACACAUUGCACGCAGUUCUGGUCCAUAGUGGUGACAACCAUGGAGGGCACUAUGUUGUAUUUAUUAAUCCUGCUGGUGACGGCAAAUGGUGUAAGUUCGAUGACGACGUCGUCUCACGUUGCACGAAGCAGGAAGCUAUCGAACACAAUUACGGUGGUCAAGAUGAGGACAUGUCUAUGGCUGUGAAACAUUGUACUAACGCUUAUAUGCUGGUUUACAUAAGGAAUUCAGAGCUGGAAAACGUCUUGCAAGAAGUGAAAGAAGAGGAUAUACCUCAAGAGCUGGUGGAGAGGCUGCAAGAGGAGAAGAGGCUGGAACAGAUAAGAAGAAAGGAGAGAACGGAGGCGUACUUGUACAUGACCGUCAAUGUAAUUCUCGAGGAUAGCUUUGACGGUCACCAAGGGAAUGAUCUCUACGACCCAGAGCACGCUUUGUAUCGUGUAUUUCGCGUACGUAAGCAGGCGACCGUACACGAUUUUCUCGAGAUACUGAGCGAUAGUUUGAAAUACCCGAUAGAACAGAUUCGUAUUUGGCCGUUCACUCAACGUUCAAAUCAAACCUGCAGACCUUCGGUGAUCGAACCAGAGGCUGAUCUUCAGAAAUCGAUUAUCGACUGUGCGGAAAAUCACAACCCCUGGAACGUGUUUGUCGAACUCGUUCCACCUGACUCGGACAUGACGGCGUUACCGCCUUUUGACAAAGACACGGACGUUUUACUUUUCUUUAAGCUCUAUGAUCCCAAAAACAAGAAAAUUCAUUACUGUGGUCAUAAUUAUAUGUCUGUCACUGCUAAAGUCCAGGAGCUCAUACCAAUUUUAAACGAACGGGCCGGGUUCCCACCGGACACCGAGCUUGCUUUGUAUGAGGAAAUUAAACCGAAUCUAGUUGAGAAGAUAGACAACCUAACGGAGCCCUUGGAAAAAGUUCUCGAGGAAUUGAUGGACGGUGAUAUUAUCGUUUUUCAAAAAGAAGGGGACAAUGACAUGUACGAACUUCCGACGUGUCGGGAUUAUUUCAAGGACCUGUUCUACAGGGUAGAAGUGACGUUCUGUGACAAAACGAUUCCCAACGACCCAGGUUUUACGAUGGAACUUUCUCUGAGGAUGACGUACGAUCAAAUGGCAAAGGCAGUGGCACAGCGAGUUGGCACAGAUCCGUACCUCCUGCAAUUCUUCAAAUGUCAAAAUUACAAAGACUCUCCCGGCCAUCCCUUGAAGUGUACAUUCGAGGGCACACUCAAGGAACUGGUUUCGUAUUGCAAGUCGAAAGUAAAGAAAUUAUUUUACCAACAGCUCAGUAUUAGGGUGAACGAGCUAGAGAACAAAAAACAGUUCAAGUGCAUAUGGGUAGGCCCGUCGCUUAAGGAAGAGAAGGAGAUUAUUCUCUACCCGAAUAAAAAUGGCACCGUCGCCACGUUGCUCGAAGAGGCUAAGAAGCAGGUAGAAUUAUCGGAAAAUGGAUCGGGAAAGCUGAGGAUAUUAGAAAUCAAUUGCAACAAACUCUUGCCCGGGCCGAGGGACGAAGUGUCCUUAGAUAACUUAAACGCGUCAGGCACCAAGCUGUACAGGAUAGAGGAGAUUCCGAACGACGAAUUGAAUUUAGCAGAAGACGAGAUGCUCGUGCCUGUCGCGCAUUUUCACAAAGACGUAUUCUCAACGUUCGGUAUACCCUUCUUCUUCAAGAUAAAACACGGUGAACCUUUCCACAAAAUGAAGGACAGACUUUUGAAGAAAUUAGGUGUUCAGGAAAAAGAAUUCGAAAAGUUUAAGUUCGCGGUGGUGUCAAUGGGGAAACCGCAGUUCAUCAUCGAUUCGCCGGACCAUUGUAUCGAUAUGACUGAUUUCCUGCCUCACACAGGUAGCACAUCACCACACAGGCCUUGGCUUGGCCUGGAGCACGUCAACAAAGCGCCGAAGCGCUCUCGCAUCAACUACCUCGAAAAGGCCAUUAAGAUUUACAAUUAAAUUUCCACCACACGAAGAAGAAUUAAAUUAGGCAGCCACUCAUAAUAAUUUAUACGACUCUGUAUAGUGAGAGAGCGACGUCUGAUACGAGAGAGAGAGAGAGAGAGAGAGAGAGAGAGAGAGAGAGAGAGGAUUAGAAAGAAAAAAAAAACACCCACGAAAGAAAUAUGCGUUCACACACAUUUGUUUCUUCAGCCAGAUUAAAUAUACGCGAUUUUAAUACUAUGGAAACGAUAUCGGGUGGGAGUAAAUCCAAGCUUUGUAUACGAUGGAUUAUUAAGAGACUGUCGUGAAAUGUGCAGUGCUAUUUUAUGCAUCAUGGAAGAGCGAUAUGAUGUAGUUCCUCGACUUGAAUUUGUAAAGUUAUUAUGUAAUAUCGCCCGGUCGGCUUGCUUUGGCGUCAUGCGAGAUUCGACGCGAACUUUUGCGUGGAGUACGUGGAGAACGUUUUCAUUGAGAAAUUCAAUUUUUGUAAGCUGCACCCAAUCUAUAACACCACUUGUCUGAUUAUUAUCCGUAACACAGACUGUAUAUAUAUAUAUACAUAUAUAUAUAUAUACAUACCCCCCCUUUAUUUUCCUGUAAUUUUAUCGGGACACUGAGAGUGAAAAACGGGCGCGUGACUUCUGCAAAGUUUAAGCUUUUUCUUUUAUUCCGUCGUGUAAAAUUCGUGUGUGUAAAGCCGUUAAUCUCCGUUAAUAAGCUGUUAAAUCUCUAGAGCUGCUGUAUCGUGUGCCGCAUGAUAACAUGUAAUACUCGUAACGCUGUGUAGGUAUUCGAACGAGAACUGUGUUUACACGCAUCUUUUUUUUUUUUCUUUUUUUAUACGUAUAUAUCGCAUUUGAUUCAGGAUGUUUGAAACGUGGACUCGUUGUUUAUAUGUCUGCGCGUGAGGAAAGGAAAGCUAAAGGAAAUUCGCAAUUUUCUUCGAGAGAUUUUACUAUGUGAAAAGAGGUGCAACUUCUCAUUAGAGUUCCCAUGCGAUCGAGCAAGUAUAAAGGACUACAUUGCUACGUUCUUCUAUGUUGCUACGUGAAGAACAUGAGGAGAUUAUGGACAAUGUGCGUGUGCAUGCGUGUGUAUAUGUGACAAAGAGAGAGAGAGAGAGAGAGAGAGAAAGAGAGAAAGAAAGAAAGAAAGAAAGAAAGAAAGAAAGAGAGAGAACGUGGGAGUAUAAAGCUGCCUUUCAAACACCCUGAAUCACCCCUGAACAUCUUUCUUGCAUUCAAGUGUACUAAUUUUUUAUGAAUUUUAUCUUGUACAUUUUAAAAAUGAAAUUAUUAAACUCCGCAAACGCGAAGGGAUACAUCCGAAGGAAAAGAUCAGCGAAAUGAGUGCUGCUCCAGAACAAGGAAAUUCUCGUAGAACGAUGCAGACAUUAGCUCAACGCGAAUCGCGUAACAGCAUGUUCGGGGACUUUCUUUUUUAGUUUUUUUUUUUUUUUUAUUAAAGAAAAGUAUGCGUGCGAAACGACCGCUCUUGUUCUCGCGGAGCAACACGGGAAGUGUAACGAUUCUAUUGAGAAGGUAUUAUAGUAUUCUCUUAAUUUGAUAAUUUAAAAAAAUUAGUGACUCAUUUUUUUCCUUCUUUUUUUUUAUACUUAAUUUAUAACACUGCACACGAGAGUAACGUUCUUGACGAAACUAUCAUCGAGGGGACCUGCGGCGCGCGUUGUGCACGAUUUCCCGCUGCUUUUGCGAAUCGUUGUUUAUCAGUUUCUACGCCUCACUGUGAUGAAGUCUGUAGCUGACAUGUAUUUAAAAACACCACAACUCACGAAUAUUACGAAAUAGCGUAAUUGUAAGCGAGUCGACGAGGACCGACCGAGCUUUCUAUACGUGGAUUAUUUAAUAAAUUUCUCUUUAUGUUGAAAAGAGGGAGAGAGAAAUAACUGUUUUAUAUACAUUAUGUGCUUAAAUUCUCAACGAGAAUCGUCAAGUUUGCGCGCUUAGGCGUAAUUAAGACACACACACACACACACAGCUUACUCUGAAGAGAAAGAGACGGAGGAUGAAACGCGAAUUACAUGAACGUAGUAAAGAAUCGCAACACAUUUGCAAUGUCGCAUUGUUAUGUGAAGUUCGCCGUCACAAACACGAUGUAAAACAAUAUACCAAUUUUAAGUAUUUACGAUAAAAUUGGACGAUAUAUCGCGGUGUGAUUGACGCCGCUGUUACGUGGCAUUUGUGUAUAUCAUUGAGUCCAUUAUUUUGCAUUAUAAAUCGCACGAAUCGUUAGGGUUUUGACUGACCGAAUGACGUGUGAUGGAGAUGAUGAUACGUCGGGGAGUGCGAAAGCGCUUUGCGUCGUGUGAUCGAGUACCGGUUGUGUGACGGCAAUAAGCACCGUCGAUGCGCCGAUGGUAUCUAUACGAGGAUUGGACGCGCUUUUGAGCCAAGCGGAAGGAUGUGUGCACGAUAUGGUAUUUUGUAAAACAGAAUCUAAAUAUGGCUGUAUAUACAGACCGUUCGGUGGCGUAAUAAUCGUAAUUUUAAUAUAUAACGCAUCUGCGAGAAAAAAAUAUUCCAAAUUAUCACACACACUGCGAACACGUAGAGCGUUUUUUGCUACUUACGUCUACAAUCGCGUUUACUCGAGUCUGUUCGGAAUAAUUUCGAAUAACAGCAUGUUUACCGGAUAUGUUGUUGCAAGGUGGAUGCGCGAGAGCGAGCGAGCGCGCGAGAGAGAGAGUGUGUACGCGUGUCACUUACAAUAAAAUUCAAAUCGAAUUGUUGUAAAGAACAUAAGAGCAUCACCACCACAGAUUUGAGUACUGAGGAGAUAUUUUACAGAGAGAGAGAGAGAGAGAGAGAAAGUCGCAAAUAUCUUUGUACGCCUAAAGGUUGGUGUUUGCAGUAUCGUUGCAUUAUUAUAGCCACGUAUGUUCCUGACUGCAUUUCUUCAGUACUGUCUUUUCUAGGUGAACAGAUAAAGAAAGAAAGAAUGAAAAGAAUGACACGAUCGUUUCAUAAAGAAUCUCUGCCGAGUCACAGGUGGAAAGCACGCUAGCGUUAGACUUUUCGUAGUAGAAGCGGCGAUAACGAUAUUUUAUACAGUCUGCAAGAGAGAGAGAGAGAGAGAGAGAGAGAGAGAGAGAGAGAGAGAGANGAAAAGAAAGGGGAGGAUUCUCCCCGAUAAAUGAUUGUUGCAAUCUUCGUAUAUUGUGACGUAGUAGGAGGCCAUGGAAAUCACAUUUUGUUGUUUAUAUAUAUAUACGUAUAUAUACAUACAUACAAAUAUACAUAUAUGUAUAUAUAUAUUUCGUUAUUAGAAGAUUCCUUAAUGAUUACUGGAGGCAAUCUUAAAGCAAGAAAUGACACGAUACAGAGAAAGAGAAAAAGAAACGGAAAGAGGACAGUUGAUAAUGAAUUGAAAAGUGAACCCGUGUACUUUUCCUUUUUGCAAGAAAAAAAAAACAAAAAGUUACACAAAAGUCUGUCCGUAACACGAGAUCACGCCUGAGUUAUCAAUUGUAUUAAUAUCAGCAGUAUCGGCGCGCACGCGCGCGACGAACCGGGGGAGCCGGCACGCGAUUGCUUGUAAUAGGUUGUAAAACGUGACUUUUGCGUUUCUGUAGACGCUGACUUUAUAAGGGAAACUGCUCAACUGCGAUUGUAAAUUUGACUAUUUGAUAGUUCAUUUCUAGGGCGAGCGAUGAACUAAGAAUGCGAUGCAGGAAGUAUGCGUAAAGAGGGAAAAAAAAAUGAUAAUAAAAAGCAAUACAAAUGGAAA